GAUCCCAGAUCAGUGUCUGUGUCGGUGUCAUGCCAUCCCCCUCGCGCUGCUAGGUACGCGCCAGCCUCGCGAUAGCCUCGCCUACAAGAAUCAGAGCUCCGCUCGCGAACUGGAUGCUGACAGGCGCGCGGUGCGGUCAUCAUGCAAAGGUUACACUGGAUCCGUUUCAGCGAGUCUCUGAAGAAGCCGCUCCUCCGCAGCAGGACCCGCACGGGGAACAACAUGCGAGACGUCUAGCAACACAAAAGCCUCCUACUGACGUUCCCCCGGCCUGUGAGACGACAGCAGGUGUCCAGCUAUGGACGCGAGUUUGGGAUUUCCGCGAACAGCAGAGUGUACGCUGGCUCCUCUCGGCGGUAAAGUGGCUUCAUGAGUGUCCAAAGUAACAGUGGAAGUGGUGGUGGAAGUUUGGAGGCGACGCCAUCUUGGUCGCAGCUCUCCUCGUCCCCAACGAUUUCUCAACAACAUAUAACGGCGACCGCAAAGAGCAAGGAAGGCCCCAUGGAGGAGCUGCACAGCCUGGACCCCAGGAGACAGGAGCUGCUGGAGGCCAGGUUUACUGGAGCCGUCAGCGGGAACACGGUCGGGAGCACCGGGAGCACCAGCGGAGGAGCUAAGGGGCUGGCCAACGAGUCCUCCAACCACAGCUACGGCAGUCUGGGCUCUUCUAGUGACAAGGAGUCGGAGAACUCUGAUUUGAAAAGAGGGAGCUCCCCUGCCUACUCAACCCCGGAGAAGAAGCACUCUGAAACGUCCAGGGGGAGGAAAAGGAAAGCUGACACCUAUUCAGAGAGUAGUCAAGGAAAGACGUCCACACGUGGGCCCAAGAUCAGCGACUACUUUGAUGGUGGGAAUGGUUCCAGUCCAGUCAGAGGCCUCCCAUCAGCUCGCCGCUCUCCACAGAGCUCCCACUCCGCCCCUGGCUCAAUCAUCCGACAGAACAGUUCCUCUCCUACCAGUCUGUGUUUUGGGGAACACAAUCCAAAAGCCUCCUCCAGCAAGAGUGUCCAGACGGAGUUAACUGGCUUGAAGCUCGCUGCUCUGGAGAGCAACAAGAGUCUGGACCUGGAGAAAAAAGAGGGGCGAAUAGAUGAUCUUCUCAGGGCUAACUGUGACCUGCGCAGACAGAUAGAUGAACAGCAGAAACUCCUGGAGAAAUACAAGGAGAGGCUGAAUAAAUGUAUCACCAUGAGCAAGAAGCUGCUCAUAGAGAAGAGCACACAGGAGAAGCAGUCGUGUCGGGAGAAGAGCAUGCAGGACCGUCUACGUCUAGGUCACUUCACCACCGUCAGACACGGAGCAUCCUACACGGAGCAGUGGACCGAUGGAUACGCAUUCCAAAACCUGAUCAAGCAGCAGGAGGGCAUCAACCAGCAGAGGGAGGACAUUGAGCGACAGAGGAAGCUGCUGGCCAAGAGGAAGCCUCCAAACCCUGCGUCUCCCUCCGUUUCUGUAGCCUCCUCCUCUGAACCCAAGCAGCGCAAAACUAAAGUGGUCAACGGCAACGACUCAGAUCCCUUCCUCAAACCGUCCCUGCCACAGCUACUGACCCUCGCUGAGUACCACGAGCAGGAGGAAAUCUUCAAGCUGCGCCUCGGACAUCUGAAGAAGGAGGAAGCAGAGAUCCAGGCAGAGCUGGAGCGGCUUGAGCGGGUGAGGAAUCUGCACAUCAGAGAGCUGAAGAGGAUAAACAACGAGGACAGCUCAGCGUUUAAAGACCAUCCCACCCUGAACGAGAGGUAUCUGCUGCUGCACUUGCUGGGCAGGGGCGGCUUCAGUGAGGUUUAUAAGGCUUUUGACCUGUUUGAGCAGCGCUAUGCAGCUGUCAAAAUCCACCAGCUCAACAAGAACUGGAGAGAGGAGAAGAAAGAAAACUACCACAAGCAUGCAUGCAGGGAGUACCGGAUACACAAGCAGCUGGACCAUCCAAGAAUAGUCAAACUGUACGACUACUUCUCCCUGGAUACUGACACGUUCUGCACGGUUCUGGAGUUCUGUGAAGGAAACGACCUGGACUUCUACCUGAAACAAAACAAGCUGAUGUCAGAGAAAGAGGCUCGCUCCAUCGUCAUGCAGAUCGUCAGCGCCCUGCGCUACCUCAACGAGAUCAAACCGCCCAUAAUCCACUACGACCUCAAACCUGGUAACAUCUUAUUGGUAGACGGCACUGCAUGUGGAGAAAUCAAGAUCACUGACUUUGGCCUGUCGAAGAUCAUGGAUGAUGACAACUACGGCGUGGAUGGGAUGGACCUCACGUCACAAGGAGCUGGAACCUACUGGUACCUCCCUCCAGAGUGUUUUGUGGUGGGAAAGGAGCCGCCUAAAAUCUCCAACAAGGUGGACGUCUGGUCUGUGGGAGUGAUCUUCUUCCAGUGCCUCUACGGACGCAAGCCGUUUGGUCACAACCAGUCACAGCAGGACAUUCUGCAGGAAAACACCAUCCUCAAGGCCACUGAGGUCCAGUUCCCCGCUAAACCACAGGCCAGCACAGAGGCCAAGGCGUUUAUUCGCCGCUGUCUGGCCUACCGCAAGGAGGACCGCUUCGAUGUUCACCAGCUGUGCUCGGACUCGUACCUCCUCCCUCACAUGAGACGCUCGAACUCCUCGGGCUCCCUGCAGCCGUCUGCCUCCUCCCUCCCUGCCUACUGACUGUCUUUCUCACCGCUGACAGGACCCUCCGGCCAAUCCCCGAGGCAGGACUGAGCAGAUUCUCUUUUUUUAACCUGAGCUGAUCCACGAUGGAUAAAUAGCAACAGAGCAGAAUCAAACAGGAAAGAUGGAAAAAGAAGGAGGGAAUAAUAAGAGGGGUGUGUGUGUGUUUGAACAGAGCUGUGCCCUUGAACUCAUUUGUGAGCGACAGAGGGGCAGAACAAACUGGACAACGGAAGAGAAAUGGAAAGAAGAAAACAAUAGAGCGAGUGGAUUGCUAAAUGGACUUCACUAAAUAACCCUGUAGGAGACAUUUCAACAUCUAUAGAGGCUCCUUGUUGCCGUGUCCAAUCCAACCUCUCCUAGCUCUACACAGUAACACUCCUCUCGUGGAUCUCUUCUACAUACAGCCGCUGUUAUUAAUGUUCUCUUGUUGCUAAUAUGAGGGCGGGGGUGACCAGCAGAGAACAGAUGAAGGGUUUGUCACAGAGGAGGUGGAGUCUCUGUACGUCAAACUUUGUGUUUAAAUCAACUCCUUUAGUCUAAUGUUAUGAGGCACAAAAUGAUGGUUACAUGUCGACGAAUUAACCCUUAACUUAAAAAUGAUUUUGUAACUUUGAUGGACUAAAAAGAAAAAAGUUCCAGAGAAAAUGUCCUGGGCUCGAUUUGCACUUCUGGUCUGGAUCAUGGCGAUCAGGCCUCACAACAUAUUUGGCAUGAAGGACUUCAGCGUGGGCUAGUUCUGGACUUCAUCGGUAGCCAAGUCCUCUGUUCACUUCUCUGUUUUGGUUCUAAAGCAGCUCCGAUCGGCUGCUCCGUUUACAGGAAUCUGUGAAUCUGUCUUAAUCCCUCCUUGCUGUCCAGAUUAGAGUCAAAAUGUUUCAAAGAGCAGCACCAUGUUGUCCUAGAUGUCCUCAUCACGCUGCCUGCAGAGAGCGGGACUGCAUCAGCUGUUACUGUGCUGCAGUUAAGUGUACAUUUCAUGUGCAGGAGACGUUACUCUCUAGCAAAUACAUCAUAAUGAGGCUUCUAUUGCUUCCCAGAGUCUCACUUUCCUUUGUGUUUCCUCCUGAAAGCUGUUCUCAGUUUGCUGCUAUGAAUGUCGCUUUGAGUUCCUAAUGUGUGAAUGGUUUCCGCCUGGCAUAUGUGUGUGUACUUGAUCUGUGUUAAGAGGGACGCUCUCCAGAGCCGCCCCCCCUCUUUUAAAUGGAUCCCCUGCUGUGCUGUAGAAAAGAGGGGAUGCAACACAUUCAUCUUUGUCCGUUUGGGUUUUUUUGUUUCAUUUCAUGUACAAGUCUCACACAUUAUUAUUAUUAUAUGGAGCAAAAAGUCCCAGAAUGCUCUGCAGUGGGGAAUGGCCACACCUGUCCAUGCCCAGGUUGUUGCGAGAUGAUUCACUGCUGCUCCAGAUCAAGUGGAAAUGUUAACGUCCUGUAAAUAAAGCACUUACCUGUAUGCUGGUGUGACAUUUGAAACCCUCUUAGAUGCCAGUGGGGUGCCAGAUGUGGGGUUAAUCUUCCGUCUUUGCACUCUUCUGCUUUUAAAAAUAAGUCUUAAUGAUUUUUAUGUGUGGAGGAACACCCAGGUGUAGCUUUAGCAACAUGACGGGCUGAUUAAACUGCUGUAGGCGAACACUUACAGCGUGCACAUAAAAGCAAAUAAUGAUAUGAAGUGAAACAGGUGAAGUCUGCGUGCACUUCGCUAAAUUGUCAUUUUAUCCACUUGGGUGCACAAAGGCGUCGAACAAAUUGUCUUCGCCUCUAUCGAGGUUCCCCCCCCCCUCUCUCUCUCUCUCUCCACAUAAAGUGGGAGCCAGCACCGAGUGCAUAAACCACAUGACUAUUAAUGUGUAGACAGUUGUGAGUAGAGCCAUUAGUAAGCUAUAUGUCAAAAAACAUUUGCAGUGGGAGAGCAGCACUGGGUCCUGUCGUUCAUAUGCAAUAAAGAUCGCCUUACAAGUCUUCA